AUGAAUAUAAAUAAUUUGAUCAGCACCAACUCCGUGGACAAACAACCAUCACCUGCACCUGCACCACAAAUAUCCUGUCAUGACUCGGCAUCCUUCUCACACCACAAUCAUCAUCACCAGAAUAGACGACAAAGUUAUCCGCCCAUAAUUAGUCCUACACAAGGUUGUUGUCGACCACAAGAACACUUCAUUUUUCCGCCGUCGCAUUCACACUCUUCACAACCCAUGCUACAAACAUCGAUGGAACCCAUUCCUAACAAUGCCACGAUUCUCCGUCAACAGUCACCUCAAUCACCUCCUUCACCCUCACAAUUAGACCUUCAUUUAUCGCAAUCCGUCAAGAUGCCACCGACACAUACACCGACGAAUCGACGUAUCGCUCACAUUUUAUCAGAACAAAAACGACGCGAAAACAUCAAUUCGGGGUUCGAGGAGCUCAAAAGCAUUGUACCAAGUUGCCGAGGAUGCGCCGAUUCAAAGGCAGUCAUCUUACGUAAAGCCGUUCACUACAUUCAGAUGCUGGAAAGUCAGAUUCAAAAAUCCAAACAUUCUAGUGAUUUAACGACACCACCAUCUCUGGUAUCUCCCGCGAUGUCUGUGAAAUCAAUGUCAUCUAGCAAUCCGAAUGACCCUGCACACUUGACUUCGCUACCUCCGUUAUCACAUUGCAACGACAACGUUGGCGAAAACAGCGCAUACGAAGCAUCCAGUUUCAACCGACGAAUCGUUGAGGAGAGCAAACCUCAUCAACAGAAACUUUUAGGACAAUACAGCGAUGGUAACAAACAAAGUAAACCGUCACAACCAAUAUAUCAUCAACCUCAUCACCACUCGCAAUAUUUUAAUCCCCAACAGUUUAAGCAACAACAUUCCAAUGGUUACGAAAGUAGUAAACAACAUCAACCAUAUCACCGAGGUUAUUAUCAACAACAACAUCAUCAUCACCCGUACCAUAUGGACAGUAGAAUCGUGUUGAAACAUGAGAAUUACAGACAGCGAUAA